GAGUAUCCGCAUCGCACCUGCGCACUUGGCGAAUCGAUCCGAAGAGCAGCGAACAUGGCAGCCCCUAGUAGGAAACAGAUAUUGAGGUUUCUCGCCCAGUUAGGAGCGUUUAUUUUGACUCGGUUCGGGUUUUGGAACUGCUUCAGUAUGUUGAUGCUGUUUGCUGAACGCGCGGACUCAAAAAGGAAGCCAGACAUUCAUGUACCGUACCUGUAUGUGGACAUGGGGGCUGCGGUGCUGUGUGCCAGCUUCAUGUCCUUCGGGGUGAAGAGGAGAUGGUUUGCAAUGGCCUCUGCCAUACAGCUGGCCAUCAGCACUUAUGCGUCGUACGUUGGAGAACAGGUGUACUACGGGGACUGGCUGAAGGUUCGAAUGUAUUCCAGAGCGCUGGCCAUUAUCGGAGGCUUUCUGGUUCUGGCCAGCGGGGCGGGGGAGGUGUACAGACAGAAACCCCGCAGCAGGUCCCUGCAGUCUACUGGACAGGUUUUCCUGGGAGUCUACCUCAUCUGUGUGGUGUACUCGCUCCAGCACAGCAAAGAGGACAGGCUGGCCUACCUGAACCACAUCGCCGGUGGAGAGAUCACCCUGAUGCUGCUGGAGGUGCUGUUCGGGGUGCUGGCUCUCGCUUUCCUCUCCGGCUGCUACAUCCGUCUGGCCGCGCAGAUCCUGGCCACCGUCCUGCCUCUGGCGAUCCUGCUCAUCGACGGCAACCUGGGCUACUGGCACCACACCCGCAAGGUGGAGUUCUGGAACCAGAUGAAGCUGAUCGGACAUAACGUGGGCAUCUUCGGCGCCGUGCUGAUCCUGGCUACCGACGGUUGAACCCUCGGGCGCUCAACAGACAACUUUUACAGACCGAGGCGUCUGCGCAGGAUGAGAUCGCCGGUCUUAACGUCACAGCCCGGCUGCGCUGAAGCCGCCGUCGCUCGGUGACCUCUCAGGAUUCAAACACUUGCUAAGCUGAGACGGUCGGACGUAGGCUGUGACGAUUGUCUUUGCCUACCAGCUGGUGACUUUCCUUUUGCAAGAAAGAAAAACACGAGCUUCCAUUUUUUUUUUUCAAUUUUAAUAAUUUAUUCGGAUUCAUGUUUACAUUUUUGUGUGUUAUGCUCUGAAAAAUGUCACGAAGUAUUGGUACUGUAUCAUAUCUACAGGGAAAAUACCUUUUUCUCCAAAAUCUGAAGUAGUUUGACAACGUUUUAUAGUAUAUGGUUUUAAUAUUUUACAUAUAGGCCUACAAAUAAAGGGAAACAUCAAAUUUAACCAUUUGUACCAGUUCAACAAAUUUGGUACAAUUGCUAAUGAAAUGGGAGUUCUCCAGUUCAAGCCAUUUUGUAAUAAACACUGUUUUGUUGCUUUUAA